AUGGCUGAUUCGAUCAGGCGCCAACGCGCCAAAGAAUUGGUCCGGGCCAUUGCCAAAGAGCAUGGCUAUCUCGAUGGCGAGACUUUGCAACGCCUUGACCCCGAGAUACGCCGCGAAAUCGAGGAAGCUUUCUUCAAGAAGGAUCAGAUGAUUGGAUCCAGUGUUAUCACACUCGCAAAGAAUUUAUACUCUAGCAAGGCCCGUUUUGUUUUCGAGCUCCUCCAGAACGCCGAUGACAAUCAGUAUACGAAGGCCAGAGAAUCUGGUUCCGUGCCGUUUGUGUCUUUUCGGGUCUUCCCCAAUAAAGUCGUCCUCGAAUGCAAUGAGGACGGGUUCAGCUCUGAGAACCUCACCGCGAUUUGUUCGGUCGGGAAAAGCUCCAAGAUCGGAGCCCAGGGCUACAUAGGAGAGAAGGGCAUCGGCUUCAAGUCUGUCUUCAUGGUAGCCUGGAAAGUGCACAUUCAGUCAAAUGCUUUCUCUUUCUCUUUCACACACAAGAAAGGGGACUCGGGGAUGGGUAUGAUAUCGCCAGUAUGGGAAGACACCGACGAGAAGCUGAGGUCGCCGUUGACCAGAAUUACCCUUCAUCUUUACGACGCCGGCGACACAGCUGCGAGAACACGUGAAUCAAUUCGGUCUCAGUUUGAAGAACUCCAAGCAACCAUGCUCUUGUUUUUGAAAAACAUUCGAAGCAUACAGAUCGAGUUCUACGACAGCAAGGGACAACAAACGUCUUCAGUGGUUUACAAUGUCACUCAACUGAAUUCAGGCCUUACGACACUGAGAAAGAUCAGAACGGCGAACACAACGUCCAAAACAGAUACCAGCCACUUUCGAGUCAUACGUCAUGCCGCGAAGAACUUGGCACGCAGCGAAAACAGGACCUACUCAGAGUCUGAAGAGGCCGUCCGAGCGUACUCAAAGUCUGAAGUCAUCCUCGCAUUUCCAGUCUCGGACACAUCAGUUCCCAUAGUAGAGCCCCAAGAGAUCUUUGCUUUCCUCCCAGUGAGGCCAGUCGGAUUCAACUUUCUGAUCCAAGCCGACUUUGUCACAGACGCCAACAGACAAGACAUUGUCAACGACUCUCUCCGCAACGCCGACCUUCUGAAUGCCAUCGCCGAGGCAUUUGUCACUUGGGUAUUGCAAAUUUGCGACCACGAGUCCUUGCGAUAUCGGUGGGUCAAGUAUCUGCCAGACAAAGGGCACUUGUCGUCUCUUCUUCCAUUCUGGCGUACUUUGGUGACCAAGAUCGAUGAAAGACUUCAGAAGGCGCCCGCUUUCUACGACCAUAAAGCCUCUGGUGGACGGUUGCUAAGCGAACUUGUCCGAGUCACUCCUAACAUGGUUGAUGAAAGAGGAAAGCUUCUAUUAGACGAUGGCAAACCAGCAGAGACCAUCUCGCGGAUAUACGACGAGGAAGAUAUUGAUAUCCUAAAAAGCUACGGGCUGCAAACCCCCAGGUAUGAUCACUUCUUGAGGUGGCUGAGAGCAGACCUCGUCGAUGAGUAUACGUCGCGGAUGAAGUCCAGAAGGAUAUCCAGAGAUUGGCACGACAAGAUGGCAAGAACGUUGAGUAUUGCAUUCGACAAAGGGUUCAUUUCAUCCAUUGAGAAAAUCAAGCAGAUGGACCUCAUACCUCUUGAAGAUGGCACUUGGGUCUCUGCAUUGUCAGGUCCAAUCUACUUUCCCAAUUUCCAUGACCUGGAUAUUCCUGUCGAUGUCGGUCUGAAGCUUCUCUCCAAGGCAGUGAAGAUUCCGAGUAGACUUCGUCUUUUCAAGUUUCUGGGCGUGACGAACGCUCCACUACAACUCGUGCAACAAGCCAUUAAAUACCAGUACGACAAUACCGAAGCCCAAAAGAAGCUUUGUUUCCAAGCUUCGAAACAGCACCUCGAAUUCAUGUACUUGACCGACCAUCUCAAAGAAGGCAGCAAUCGGAUCAAAAACCUCAAAGUUUUCGACCACAACUUCCAUCUCCAGGACGGCAAAAUGAAAAUAAUGUACCUUCCCAACGAUGAUACAUGUGAUCUUUGGAAGGUCUUCAGCAAGACCGACCCAGGCCCAAAUCUCGGUGAUGGUGCACCUGGCUGCGAUGUCCUCUUUAUCCACAGCAAUUACUUCGAUGACGCACCAGCUACCCCGGAAGGUCAAAAACAUUCAUGGCGCUCUUGGCUUAUCGAUUACACGUCCGUUCGAAAGUACGUGGACUUUGAACCACAAAUAGGUCCCCUCUUUGUGAGUCUUAAGGAUGACGCACGAUACAUCCAAACACACAGGCCAGAGAAGUUCAUGGAAUGUCUCCUCCAAUAUCAUCACGCUAAAAAUGAGGAAGGCUUCUCACCUCAAGCCAUCGCUUGUCUCAGACAAAUCACUGUUCUAUGCCGAGGCAAUCGCAAGAUUCCUCUAGAGGAUAUUUAUUUCCCUGUGCAGAGACUCGAGGGACGCGUGUUGCGUUUUCUCGGCGACGGCGCCUUCUUCCCCUGGCUUUGGCUGGAUGGCGACGAGAUCCAUGAAGAAAUUCCGCCGAAGUGGAAAGGAUUACUCACGAGCCUUGGUAUUGGCCGGCCUGCUAGCGACCUCGAAUUUGCCGCAAACGUUUUCCAGCUCACAAUGUGCAUCUACAUUCCGCUCGCGAAUGACGAAUUCGAUUGGGUUUCGCCAAACGAAUGUGUUUGGGAAGCACCGCAAGAGAUGGCGACCAAAUUUGAUCUGCAACGGCUCUAUCAGCCUUGGCUUAGUGCCGACGACGUGGAUAGCUCCAUUCUUACGCAUCUCUUCAGAAGCACACUCAACAUUGGGGAUUGUACGUGGGACAUACUUGUUGACGAACUGCGGGAAAUCAAGGAAUUGGAAUGGGAUGAUACUGACAGAACCGGUACCAUUUACCGUGCUUUGCAUGAGCUGGCCACAAGCAAUGUAGCAACCAAUAGCGAUGAGCUCAAGGCACCAUUUGAGAGCGAGGCACUGAUCUUUGUCCCGUCAUCGGAUGAUGGGCCGUCCUGGCACAAAGCGUCAGAAUGUGUAUGGUCAAGCGCGACCAAGUUGAGAGGAAGAGUGUCUCUCACAGACGACUACGAAGAUCUGGAAGGUUUCUUCGUCGACCAUCUGGGUGUCAAACCAGUGGACCUCUCAAUGGCCAUUGACGAGUUGAAGGACGUCGCAAUGAGGGGAUCGGCGGCGUUGAAGGAAAUCAAGGAAUCCAUCUGGGUUGUCAACUCACUGCUGUCAUCGGUUUCGAAGCCUCCUAGCCCCCGGUGUUUGUCAAAGUCUCGGAUCUUCCCCGUCAAGCGCCCAGAUGGGCACGUUGAGGCAGAAACCGAGGCCACGGAGUUUUGCGUCAUUGACCGGGAGCCGCUCGAAUCCUUGUUCAAGGACAAGAUAAAGCUUCUCGACUUUACUUUAGAGCAAGUCGCCCGGCUGCGUCCAUUCAUUGAAUGGGUACAGCUGCAAGAUCGAUACAUUUCAUGCUGCGUCAAAGAAAUCACCUCUUUCCACGGCGGAGCCUCCAUGCCAACUCUGACGUUGAACUCUCAGCGACAGAUUCGGAACCGUGCGCAUGCUCUCCUCAGGGUUGCGGCGCACUUUGAUAGCCCUCGUUGCCAAAGUAAACGAGACAUGAACAUAUUCUACGAUAUCCUGAGAUCAGCGCAAAUUUUCGAGACUGAUAGCAUCUCUGCGAACCUCCGUCUCGUCCAGGAUGGAACCUCUUAUGUCAUCGAGGGCAAAACGACAACACUGCAUAUAGACGAAGCUCAUUCGAGCUUGAAAGUCUACCUACCGCGAGACAAAACUGACCAGAAAUACAUGUUUACCAACGUGCUGCCGCAAAAGCUCCUAGAGUGGAUGAUGAGACAUCCAGUAACACAUAUCUCCCGAGAUGUCACUGGCAGCAGCUUGGAUGCGAUCAAGAACGUUCUGCUGGCACCGCUUCCCUUGAUCACUAGAGCUCUUCAGGACAGCGGUAUAACCAAGGUUCAAGUUGUCAAUCGUGACGAGGCCAUGGCAUCAGAAGCGGAUCUCUCGGCAUUGGCAGCCUCGAAUUCCCACAGCGAGGACAGCACCAGUUCAGAUGAUGGUGCAUCAGACCUUUCGAGUUCUAGCAAACCAGAUUUCUUUGACUCUGCCUACUCAGAAGACUCUGCCCACUCAGAAGACUCGGCCCACUCAGAAGACUCGGCCCACUCAGAAGACUCUGCCCACUCAGAUAACUUGACCGACUCGGAGAACUUUGCGACAGGCGUGUCGUCCUUGCAGAGGCAGCCCAACGCCCCGCCCAGCAGACUCGUCCGGCCUAUCCCGCUGACGCCCUCCUCUGGCGAAUUUCAGGACGAUACCACUAGUGACGCCCGCUUUAUUUCCCUCUUGGAUAAGGUUAUUGCUGCAGGGCGCAGAAGACGGGUCAAUUUGCUGCCAGUCUGUGGAACGUUCAACAUGAGCCAGCUGCAAGACGAUCUUCCAGCCUCUCGCCGGGAUACGGAUUUCGGCUUACGCUCAGCGCCUCAAAUUGAAAGAGAUUGCAAGGUCGGUGCAGCGGGCGAGUUGUUUGUCUUUGAGCUCCUGUCUCACUUGUAUGAGGAUAACUCUCCCCUCCCACCGCUACCUGGGUUCUCCAGGAGCAGCUGGCAAAGUACUAUUCGCAAGUACGUGAGAGUGCAUCCAGAGUACGCAGACAUGUCACCGUGGAGUGGCCGAGAGACCUCGGACAUUGUAUACCACGACACCAGCAAUAGGUUGACGGAUCUCUUCAUCGACAAGAACUACCUCCAGGAGCAGUCGCGGGGCUCGGUAUCUCGCGGCCUAAAGUACUUUAUCGAGGUCAAGACAACAACAAUGGCGUGCGAGACACCAUUUUACAUGAGCAAAGCUCAAUACAAAAGAAUGAGGGAGAAUGUCAUGACCGAAAAUAACGACACAGUCUAUGUCAUUUUCCGGGUAUAUAAUCUUGGCCAGGAAAGCAUGGGUUUCAGGGUAUACCUGGACCCGGAGACUCUAAGAAGCUCCGGGCAGUUGAAAUUCACCGCCGAAAAUUGGUCAGUGAUUCCUGGGUAA